GCAGGAGGAGGAGGAGGAGGACGAAGAAGAAGAGGGAGAGGAGGAGGAGGACGACGAAGAAGAAGGAGGAGGAGGAGGAGGCCUUGAUGAUGGAGGAGGGGGAGGACACGAAGGGGCAGAAGGAGGAGGAGGAGGACACAGAAGAAGAGGGCAAUGAGGAGAAGGACGAUGACGAAGAAGGAGGAGGAGGAGAAGGAGGCCCUAGUGAUAGAGAAGGAGGAGGAAACAGAGAAGCACCAGGAGGAAGAGGACGACGAAAAAAAAGAGGGCGAGGAGGAGGGGACAAAGAAGAGGUGGUGGAGGAGGCCAUGAUGAUGGAGGAGGAGGAGCGAGAGAACUUAGACGAGGAAGAGGAGGAGGAAGAGGAGGAAGAGGAGGAAGAGGAGGAAGAGGAGGAAGAGGAGGAGGAGGAGGAGGAGGAGGAGAAAGGACUGGGAAGGGGAUGACGAAGAAGGGGAGGAGGAAGAAGAGGAGGGACCGACGAUGGAGGAGGGGGAGGAGGUUGAGGAGGAGGAGGUCACGACCACAGAGAAAGAGGGUGGAAGAAGAAGAAGAAGGUGGGGAGGAGAAUGAGAGCCCACUUUUUUUUUUUGUUUUUUGUAUGAUCAAUCAAUCGAUCAAUCAAUCAAUCAAUCAAUCAAGCAAGCAAGCAAGC